CAAGACAUUAGCUAGUUCAGGUGCUUUUGCUUCCUGACCUGCUAGCUUUCACUAUGAGUGCAUUUGAUCCACAGGCACACUCCCCACCACGCUGUGGGCCACAAUUUCCCAGUAUUGGGCAGGAGCCUCCAGAGAUGAAUAUCUACUGUGACAGCAUCUUCCACCCUCAGACAAUGCCUAGUCCUCAGCGACCUUCAAACUUUGAAACAGCCGAUUACAGCACCACUGCAAAUCCCUACCUGUGGCUGAAUGGACCUUCCAUCACACCUCCUCCAUAUCUUCCAGGAUCCAACACAAGCCAUUUCAUGCCUCAGUCAUAUGGAAUGCAAAGGCAGCUACUGCCUAACAUGCAUGGCUUGGGAGGUUCUGACUUAGGUUGGCUUCCUAUUCCUUCUCAAGAAGAACUUAUGAAACUGGUUAGACCUCCAUACUCUUACUCUGCAUUAAUAGCAAUGGCAAUUCAUGGAGCCCCAGAUAAAAGACUGACACUGAGCCAGAUCUACCAGUAUGUUGCUGAUAACUUUCCCUUCUACAACAAGAGCAAAGCUGGAUGGCAGAAUUCAAUCAGACACAACCUGUCUCUAAAUGAUUGCUUCAAGAAAGUACCAAGAGAUGAAGAUGAUCCAGGAAAGGGCAAUUAUUGGACCUUGGACCCAAACUGUGAAAAAAUGUUUGACAAUGGAAACUUCCGCAGAAAGAGGAAGAGAAAGUCCGAUGUCAGCCCCAAUGGACAGAUUUCUUCCGAUAAGCCUGAAGGGAGUCCACUAAAUGAGAGCCCUAAGAACGGAGAACAUCACGACAUGUUGGGAAAUUCAUCACCAGGAACAGAUGACUCAUCUGAAAAGAGGUCGCCUCCUCCAUCUAUAACACCGUGUCUUAAUAACUUUCUCUCCAGCAUGACUGCCUAUGUUAAUAGUGCUAACCCAGUAAGUAGGUCAGUUCCACUUGGACUCACUAAUGAACCUUCCGAUAGGAUGGGACAGAACAUGGUUGGUUUAAACUCCUACACUCCUCUUUCAAAUAUGCCAAGCCAUGGAGGGUCUGACUGGUCAUCCACAAUAUCGUCAAGUCCCUUUGGCUACAGCAGUUCUGUUUUCAACCAAUUCACUCCUCAUUUUUACAACACUAUCAAUGCAAACAAUACUCUCUAUAACAGAGAGGGCACAGAAGUAUAACUAGGCUGUACCAAUUUUAUAGUAGUCAUGUCAAAGUCCUUGGCUUCGCAAUAGCAAGCUUUUCACACUGCUCUACAGAGUUUUAUUUACUCUCAUAUAGUAGGUACCUGCUGUGCCCUGUAAGGUUUAGUCAGUUGCUUUUACGGUGUUUCAAAGCUUUUCUAGCAAGGCAAAUGGUGCUUAGUGAUGCAUGGACUAAUAGCAAGGAGGGACCCUGUACUGAGUAGUCUUAAAUGAAAUAUAAACUGUCUCACAGGGUACUCCUGCCAAGGGGUAUUUCCAAAAAAACAGAAAAGCUACUCAGAAUUUGUUUUACACUGACCUUUAUACUGUAACUUUCUAACUGUAUACAGUAGCGAAAUACUGUAAAAAAAAAGAAAAUUGUAUUUUGUAAGGGAUGUAAAAAAAUGGUGAAAACAUCAUCUCUCUCUGAUUUAAAUAAUGCUUUUCAAACCUUAGAUAUCAAGUUUAGCAGCUGAAUGUAAAUUUGUCUGCCAAUGUGUAUUUAUAAAUGUUUACCAUUUGAAAUGAUGAUGUAUAAUAUGCAGGGGAUGUAUAAUAUGUGUUGGGUUACUUAUAUGUUUUAUAAAUGUUUAAAUAUUUUAUAUGUAUUAUAUCUAAAUUCACUGUGGGGUUUAACAUGGGUUAUUUUUUAAUAAAAAAAAGACAU